UUCGAGUCAACUCGAUUCACUCGCAACUCGAGUUGUCAAAAAUUUCACUCGAGUCCGAGUAAUAUAAAAAUAAUUCGAGUCACUCGAGUGAAAAGCAUCUUAUGAUAUGACAUAUUUAUAUUCUAUUUGUAUUUGUUGGUAUUGAAAUAUUGAACGCGAUGAGAUAUAGCCAUUUAUAUCAUUGAUUCUUGAAAUGCGCUGACUGAAAGUGUGCGCCGUAAAAGUCAGUACGCAGGAAAGAUUUUGCAGGCUUUACUAUUUUUUUCGAAAAUGGAAGGCAUAGAAGAUAUAGUGAUUCACGCACGACAACUUUUGGCAGUUGGUCAAUUUAGUAAAUCCUUUGAUUUAUAUAUUUCGUUAUUUGAAAAGAGUCCCAGAAUUAAAAACACGUAUGAACCAGAAUUCCAGAUCGUUAUGAUGCGAUACAAUGAAACGUUGGGUGCGUCUGGGAAGAUUGAAGAUAUUUUUACUAACUUCAGUCGCGCUAUUAAGAUUUUUCCUAGAAAUGUAUACCUGUUGAAUGAGAUUGGCAAAUAUUUGUAUAAGUUCGGUUAUUACGAAGAGGCUUGGUCUCAUUUCCAGAAAGCACUCAAGGGAAACUCUGCUUUUGUGAAUGCCGAAAAGAAUUUGAAUUCUGUAAAAAAUUUACUUGUUGAAAGAUGGCAUUUUCGAAUGCUAAAUGACAAAAAACGAAACUCAUUGUUCCAUGCCGCUAUUCAUGAGACAAUUAAAUCAGAUGUGGACCAAGUGUUGGAUGUCGGCACUGGGACUGGCUUACUGACCCUGUAUGCUUGUGAGUGCCAGCCCCUAGACAUUGCUGCAUGUGAUGGCUCCAGUGUUAUGACAAAAAUAGCAGAGAAUUUAUUAACUGACUAUGACAUUAGUAGUGUACCCAUUAUAAACAAGAUGUCCACAGCUAUGAAUUCCAAAGAGCUUGGUUUCAAAUGCUCUGUCCUAGUCACUGAGUUGUUUGAUGCCGGCUUGUUUGGAGAACAUGUGUUGCAAACAUUAUUGCAUGCUUGGGAUAACUUGAUGGCUGUAGGUGCAAAAGUCAUUCCCAGUAGAGCCGAGUUCUUUGUGGCUGGUGUUAAUUGCAACUCAUUAAAUUUAAAAUAUCAAUUGAGAGAAGAUAUUAAAACUACAUUGAACAUACCUCCAAUGAAUAUACAUGUGAUGACUGACAAUGAAACAUAUGACUGUGAGGAUGUACAUUCUUAUAAAGAUUUAAAAUAUAUAACCGAGGGGCAGUCUGUCCUCAAAAUCGAUUUUAAAAAUUAUGAUGACAUUCAAGAUAAAUUGUAUCAAACAGAACCAUUUAAUGUAGACUUAACUGCCAUCCAAGACGGUGAAAUAAAUUGUAUGAUUGGUUGGUUUAACUUGUAUUUGACAGACAAUAUUACUAUAACAACAGAUCCCCGCUCUGAAGAACGUUGCAAUGCUUGGCAGCAGGCUGUUUUCUUUGACAUGAUACCAAAAGAAGUUAAAAAGGAUGACAGCUUCACUACACAUUUUUUGAUGAACAAUGGCAAACUGACUAUGGCCCAGGAUUGCAACAUUCAGAUUGACAGAAUUUCUCCUGAAGCAUUGAGAUUUUUAAAUGAUUCAGAAUAUGUAAAGAUGAUACUUGGAUGCGUCGGCAUGGCUAGUGUCCACCUUGGUCAAAUGCUUGAGAUGUCAGAGGUUGCUGUUAUGGAUUUAUGUCCAUUCCCUCUGUUUGGCCUUCAAAUGUUGAAGAGAGGUGCCAAAUCCCUGACCUGCACUGCCAGAACUUUCAAUGAUGAACAAUUCAUUAUUAGGAUUGUACAUGCCUAUAAUUUAGACCUAUCAAAAGUUAAAAUACUAGUGGGCGAAAAGUGGAAACUCGAUAAAGUUGGUAAUAUAUUAUUCCAUGCUAUUUUUUGCCAUCCUUUCGAGAUAUGUGGGGACAUUGAUCUAAGAAUGAAAGACAUAGCUCAUAUUCUGAAGACAAACCAUUUGGCACCAAGAGGUAUUUAUAUGCCAUCCAGCAUUAGCAUUAUGGCCCAAUUGGUUAAUUGCCCCUGGCUAGAUGUUAAUAACAGAGUUUAUGAUGAAAACACAUUGAAUUACAAAGUGGCAGGAUACAUGAAUGUUUAUCAAGUAUCGCAGAACUUCUGUAUUGAUAUUUCAUGUUUGGAACACACUCCCUUAACUGAGCCAACAUGUGUUGGUGAUUGCUCCUCAGAUUUACAAACACAAGUUAUUAAUUUAUCAGUAAUUAAAGAUGGUUAUACAAAUGCCAUUCUUUGCUGGUAUAAAAUUGAGUUGAUGGAGGAGGUGGAUGAAGUAUCCACAAACAGACCUGAUGGCUUUAUAGACAGCAUGGCAUUUCUUUCAGUCCCUGAACUUCUAAUGAAUAAGGGAGAUAUUGCGACUAUAUUAAAUAGCGUAGAUGGUAGCGGUAGUUUUAAGCUAGUUGUUGAUAUCUAAAAUUAAUGCUUACAAGUUAAAUGCUUUUCUUGUACUACUUACCACAAGUCAUAAGAUUUAACAUUUUAUCAUACUAAAUAGAUAUGUGAAAAUUACCUCAUUUGUUCUACUUGACAGAUCUCAUUGCAAAAUCUUAACCCAUAUGAUACUUCGUAUUUUACCUUUAUUUUCCAUAGGAUAGUAUACUAUUGUGUAAGUGAAAAUCAUAUUUUACGACCUUUACUAGUCAUAAUUUAAGUACAUUACUGAGUAAAUAUUGGAACCAUGUACAUUAAAUCCAUUUUUUUUUCUUUUUGAGCUAAUUAUGUGAUUUUAGUUAAUUCAAAUAUCUUUAAUGUACGAGUAGUUAAGUGUUAAUUUAUUAAAUAGCAUAAUGUGAAAUAACUUUCUUCAGGGAUUUUGUCGCGUUUAUUGUAUUUUUUUGAUCUGAUGACAAAUUUGCUGGCGAUGUGUUUUUUAACUUUGCGCAUAUUACAUUUUGAAAAUAUAUAUAGAACAAUGACCUUUAUAGAUAUCCAAUGGAUAGCAAGCGCUAAUUGAGGUAACUGUUAGUUAAUUUUGUCUUAAUUAAGUUUAUAACAAUAUUAACGGGGCAGAAAUGGCAAAAACCAGAUAAGCGCAAAAUACAACGUAGCAUAGUCUGUUCAGUGGAACGUAAAGGUCAGUGUUUAAGAAUAAUCCAGCAUGUAAAAUAUGAGGUGAAAACAUCAGGGUUUGUUCCCUUAUCUGACAGUGACAUUAUUUUUAAGCUAUCUGAGCCGCUAUCAGCCAGUGGUGGGACAUGCGCUUUAUCUUACAUGUAAAUAGCUCUUUUGUUUCUUAACCAGAUGAGGUAAGUUUGUUUUAUUUUAACAUUUAAAAUAUUAAAAUAAUCAUGUUACUGAAUAUUUGUGGUAUACCACUGUAUCUAUACUAAAAGUAAAUAAUUGUCUGCAUCCUUAGCUAAUAUAUAAUGUUGCUAUAUGUGCUUGUAAAACAUUCCAUCAAAAUUUAUGUAUUAUAACCUAAAAUAAAAAAAAAAGCAAAGAACCCGAUUGACUGAGUAUAACACUUGAUUCGUUAAGAAUAUAAAUGCUACUAUUGAAAAAAGAAUUAGGGUCUGUUCCAUUAAAUUGUAAAUUGUUUGACAACAUGUAAAAUGUGGUAGAGAUAUCGGAUUUUGUUCCCUUAUUUGACAGUGACGUCAUUUUUUAGUUAUCUAACAGCAGUGGUGGGACAGGCUUUUAGCAAUGUAAAAGAAGAGUUUCGAAAUCGGUUUUUAGAUCUUGUUUAGAAUUUCAAUUACCAUGUCUAGUAUAUGUUUUGUACUAAUGUUUUUACAUACAUGAUAAUCCAGAGAAGACGUAAUGAAUGACAACUCGGUUCGGUCGUCUAGUCACAAUGGACUUUAUUUAAUUUUUUACGUACAUUUAUUACGUAUAUUUAUUACUUCAUACGCGCAAAAAUGUUUCGGUCAGUCGGGUAAAAAAUAUUUUGAAACAUCUAAAUGUAAGAUUAAAAGGAAAAUAAAUCGAUGUUGUGACGUUAUUCAAAUA